UAAGGUGAUUUUAUGGUUCCUUGUUUCAUAUCAUAUAGCCAGUCGCAAGGGUGCAGCCAUUGAUUCAGGGUUUCAUGAAAAAAAUACGUAUUUCUUUAAUAUUUAAAUGUUAUGCUACAAAAAUGAUGUUAUUCUCAUAAAAUUGCUGUUGUUUUCUUUUUAAAUUGCAUUUUAUUAAAGGUCUUGGGCUGCACUUUGAACACUUUAGCUCUAAUUAGUUUGUGUCAUGACGUAAGACAACAGCUUGGAUGAAAGUAACAGUUUUAAGACGCCCCUUCCCUUGGCCAGUAAGGAAAUUAAAUUUAAUAUAAAUUAAAUUAAAUAUAUAUAAAAUGUAUAUAAAAUCUUCUAAGAAUGUACAAAACCAAAUUUAAGAAGUUGGAUUUUUGAGAAAAUGUCAGUUUAACUACAUGAAGUGUAUUGUAUUAUUGCCAUUGCCAUAUUAUUGCUUACCAUAGACUUACACUGUAUAGAGUUACAGUGUGCUGAUUGGUCAGAAUGAUAGUCAGCUGGGUCCAGGUCCAACCAGGUCCAGGAGGUGGGGCAGGUUUAUGAUUUCAGGUUGUAAAAGAUAAAAAAAAAAAAAAGAAAAACAUCCACUACUACUUCCUACUGUGGCGUUGCAUCACAGGUGGAAACACUAGCUAGUUUUUCUCUUCCUGCAUGUGGGUCUGUUUUUGUACUUGAACCAACGCCAUGGACCCGCGGUACUUUAAAUCUCAUACAAUGUAUUGGGGUACCCUUGGAACGGUGCGACCUUUCCCCAGCUUCCGCCCACAAAAAGACGUAGUCGUGAUCCACGAAGCACUGCAGAAGAAAGGCACUCUUGUGAGAAUCUUAACGAAUCGUACCAAUGCGCAGAGACAGGAAAUCGCCAAAACCUUUAAAGGGACGACGCAACAGGACCUAGUAGCUGUCAUGAAGAAACUUCUUUCUGGGGAUCUGGAAACGUUCAUGCUAGAACUGAUGAUGCGUCCUCUGCAACAUGAGGCUCAUCGCCUCCAACAGGCCAUGGCGGGUCUGGGUACCGAUGAAGAGACACUCCUGGAGAUAUUGUGUACACGAUCGAGCAAGCAAAUUCGAGACAUUCGUGUUGUGUAUAAAGAAUUGUAUAAAAAGGACCUGGAGGAGGAAAUGAAAGGAGAAACCAGUGGGGACUUUGCCAAGCUUGUAGUGGCUCUUAUUAAUAAACAAGAAGUUGCAGGUGUUGUUGAGAGGGACAUUGAGGCUCUCGCUGCAUCACUUGAUGGGAAAAAAGCCGACGCAGCUCCUUGGAUUGACAUACUCACCUCUAGAGACAUAAAUCAUCUUAAAAAAGUGUUGUUGGGACUGCAAAUAGAGAGGGGACAGAUGGUGAUUCCAGCUCUGGAGAAACGAUUCUCAGGGGACAUUCGCCUUGGAUUGAGUGUUUUAGUGCAGUGUAUUCAACACCCUGAUGUCUACCUUGCCAAAAGACUAACCGGAAUGAAGGCACCGGUAGUACAAAGCAUCAUGGUGUCCCACAGUGAGAAAGAUCUACUCUGCAUCAGAGUUGCUUUCCUUAAACUAGCAGGCACUUCUCUCUACACAACCCUGCAGAAACACUUUAAGGGGGAUCAUUUACAGGCUCUGUUGGCCAUCUGUCGAUCUGAAGACUAAUGUAAUAAAACCAACAUUGUUAUAUUUGCCUAUUCAAAUAUACAGUAUAAGCCAUUAAAUUUGAAAAACAUUUUUGGUGUGUAGCAUGGUCAUUUUAAAUAGAUACAGCAUUUGCUGCAGUUAGGUUCUUGGACCACCACAUAAUGUCAAAAAAACACAAGUACCAGUAAUUGAUACGGCCAUAAAAAUUUCAUUUCUGACACACUCCUCUGCUAGUUUGAUGCUGAUGUGAUAAAUAAAAAGUUUGCAUUCUAGCAGAAUGAUUUCCAGCCAUUGUCAUAUUUCAAAUUAGUGUACGAGAUCAGGCGUGACAUGGAGAAUUCUUUUAAUUUCACUUUGUCUCUCCAUGCCAGGGACGCAUAGUGACAGGCAGAACAAUCAGAUGCUCUUCCACUAGAUGGCAGCAGAUAAUUUGCAUACUUACUUGUUGUCAUUGAUACAACAAAAUAAGUAACAGCACUCUGAUUUUUCUACAAUAAAAUAUAUGCUUUGGCUC